CCAUAGCAACGUUUUCAUGGAAACAGGUUAACAAACAUUGGUGAUCGUUUGGUUUUCAGUUUUCCGGAGCAACAGAGGACAUCGCCAUUUAGAUCGAGAUUUAGGCGCGUUUUGCAAAGCCAUGGGAGAAGUUGUGAAAGAUGCUCAGAAGAAUCUCAACGUUUCUUAUUUAAAUGUCGACCAGCAAGAGAAACUGCGACAGUUUAAGAUUCAAACAAGAAUCGACAACGAAACGUAUUUGAGAGCCCAUCCGGAAGUGGAUGAAAUCAUUGGCGACUUUCUGAGACAUUUGCUGGUUAAAAAGCCGUCUGACAUUCGUGAGUUUGCUGCAGAUCACUUCUCCUCCCUAAGCGAUCCUUCUGACGCUGUAUCGAACGAAAACAGUGAAACGAAUUGAAAGAUCUGACAACAUCCUUUCUUGAGACAGAGAUCGGAUGUGGAUGGGUUCUAAAUUUACUUCAGUGUUGAUCCAUUAUGCUUGUAUUCAUAUUACUCAUUGUAAUAUUCCUAGAAGUGCCUCAGAAGAUUAAACUAAUGUGUGAUUGUGAAAGAGGAGGAAGUCCUGUGAAGGUUAUGCAUUGCUCCUUGACACUUUGACCAAUUCAUUUAGACAGUAUUGUUUACAGACUUUAUGUUGUCUCAUGUUCAACUAAUUGGCCUUAUUUUAAUGUGAUUUUGUAGUAGUUGGUCUACUGCCUUUACUUUGCACCUUAACUUAAAACACAAAUAAACUUGGGGAGAAAAAGUAAUGUGGUCUGGUCUCAUGUGGUUACUAGUUCAAAUGCAGAAUAUAUUUCUCAUGAAAAUAUAAUCUCCUUCAAAUGUAUCUGUAUUUCUAUUUUUACAUCCUUCUGAUAAAACAGAAAAAACAUUGGUAAAUAUUAUACCUGUUAGAGAAGGUUUACUUCCUACAAAGAGAAGAAGACUUCACUAUCAUCUAAAGCCUUUCAGCUGUAGCAUUGUGUAAUUCUGACGUCUCAUCACCGUGUUUACUUGAUUUUUUCUAUGAAUAGAGCUUUUCGUGUGUGUUUGCCUCCUCUUGUUUUGUUUAGUUGAGUAACUCGAAUUGGGUAACGCUGUGGUGGAUUUGUGGCGGGUGGAGCCCAUCAAUUUUCUGUUCCCUGCUGUCCUGUGUCUGUGACUCAUUCUCAUCAGUUUUUGUGAAUUAUCUUUGAAAAUGUUGUAAUUGAAGCAGUUUUAUACAUUAUUAAAUUAUUAUAAUGUCAAUUCUAGCCAAGAGUCCG